CUUUUUGAUGUGUGAGUGGGUGGUGCUGCUCUUUUCUCAUCAAAAAAACUCUUUGCUACUUAGUAUAUCUCUUCACUAUUCUUUCUCCUCUUUUCAUCUUCCAUCCAUCCAUCCAUUUCUACUUCUACUACUAUACUUAUUGGUGGUAUAAAUAAUUUCUUUGUUUACAAGUAGUAGUAUUUUCCAUUGAUCACCUCAUUUAUCUUCUUGAAACUUCUCAUUUCUAGUCUUGAAAACAACUAAAAGACUCCAUUUUUUCUUGAUCUUUUUUUCCAUUGUUUUCUUUCUUGUUUCCUCUUUUUUUUUUUUUUUUUUUUUGUGUGUUGAUUUACAUAUGGAUUUUGCCUUGAGUGCUAGAUAGAUAAGGUGAAGAAAGGGUAAAUUUCUUGGUGGUGGGGUUGUGUAUUGUGUUGACAGUAGGAGUUAUUAGUAUUAUUUUUGUGUGUAUGUGGAGAGGCCUUUAAUUAGGCUACUGUUAUGCUGAAGGCUAAGUAUAAUAAGGAGAUAAGACUAAGUAGUAGUCUUGGUAAAUAUAGCUACAGUAGCAGAAGCAGCAGUUCUUGUGACUGUUGGGAAGACAGCACAAGAAGAAGAAGAAGGGAGAAGUUUGUCAGCAGAUGUUAUCCAUUGAAAACAUUCCACCAGAUCCUUGUCAUAUCUCUCUACUGAAAAGUAGUAGUAGUGAUGAAAGGCCUUCUUCUCAUAACAAGCUAGUAGAUCUGUCAAAUUCUGACCUUGAUGACAACAAUAACAAAAAAUUCUCCAUAAGGGAUUAUGUUUUCAGAACCAGGAGAAAGGACAUCAAGACUAAUUGGCCAUUUUCUCAGAAAAAUUUGCAGCUUUGUUUGAAGCAUGGUGCGGCGACCGAUUUGUUACCUCCUUUUCAAUCUGUUAAGCGAUGUGCUGUAGAUGAUCGUUCGGCUGACGAGGACAAUAUAAUCAUCAGUACUUCUGAGGAGAAACAUGUUGAGCUAGAUGAUGAUCCUGUGUCCACCAGUUCUAGCAGUGGUAAAACUAGCCGUGGUAUGCCAAAACUAGCUGUGGAUUGUAGAAAUAUCAAUUCAAGCGGAUCUGAUAGAGAGAAAGGGUUUCAUUCAACGAUAACCAGUCGGUCUUGUUCUGAAAUUGAUUCAGUUCCAACAGCUGAUCAAAGAAAUCGUUGCUUGGGAGCAGAAGCUGUUAACUUGCUGGAACCUCCGGUCAAGAAACCUGAAAGUAAGGGUCUUGUACCUCCUAUGUCAAACAAGAGUGGGAACACGGUACAACAACCGGGGAAAAAGUGCAGAAUAAUAGUCAAAUUGGGGAACGUCACAGAUCGGAAUGUGGAAGAGGACACGACUACCACAAACAAUUUCAUGGUUUCCGAGGCAAUGGCUUCGAAAGUAUGUCCAGUUUGCAAGACUUUCACAUCCUCAUCAAAUACGACCUUGAACGCUCACAUUGAUCAAUGUCUUUCCGGGGAGUCAUCAACAGUCAAGUGGACAGCAAAUCCUAAGGUGGUUAAGUACAGGAUAAAGCCAAGGAAGACAAGAUUGAUGGUGGAUAUCUAUUCAACGGCUAAGAGCUGUACACUGGAGGAUCUUGAUAGGAGGAACGGAACCAACUGGGCUUCAAACCCGAUUUCAUCUGUUCGAGAAAUCACUGAUGUGCUUGCUGUUGAGACACUGGAAAAACCUCCUCCCGCGAACCUUGAAUCCAUUGCUAAUGAAGGUGCUGUUUACAUUGAUGCCAAUGGCACGAAGCUUCGAAUUCUGUCCAAGUUCAACGAUGAGCAGCCAUCAUCAUCAAAGCGGGUUAAUGGUCCUCUCCACAAAAAAAUGGUAGAUGGAGAUAAAAGAUGCAAAUUCCUUUUGACAAAGAAAGGAAAGAAAAGUCAUAUCCAGAAACAUCACAAGCUUAUGAAAUCUGCUUCUCAUUCCAAAAGGUUUUGCUUGUCCAAGUCCGAUUACUGUCCCAAGAUUAAGAGUGGUCGAGAGAGCACCUUUUCUCCCAAAGAAAACGUGGACAAAGAGAAGCACCUCAGAUCUCCAGACCAGAUGUUAUCAAAUGGAUUGGGAACCAUAAAACAAUGGGCAUGUUCGAAGAGAACUGGCCUCACAAGGAAGAUCAAUGAUAAGGACAACCAUCGGCUUUCUGGAGGUGAUAUGUCGACUGGCUUGCAAAGUGACAAUGAUGCAUUGCCUCGGACUGAUUCAUUUAUGAAGAGAAGCGGUCUUCUGAAAUCUCCAAGGUCUUCUGUUUGUUUGCCCGAGAGUAGCCAAAGAAUGGGGGAUAUGCUACUUGAUCAGCCUCAAGAUGAAAGGAGUGAGGAGCCUUCUCUGAAAAAGAAAGCAGACUUAUCACUGUCUCAAUCUCCACUCCCAUCUAACAAGAAGAGAUCCCUAGUGUUACAAAGUUGCAAAAGAAAGCAUAUGAAGGUAGAUGGCCAUUCUGGAAACAAUAACUCUGCGGAUCGUCCAAAAUUUACGGUAGAUCAUGCACUUUCUGUGCAAAAUACGAGAGUUGGGAGAAACACCGAUAACUCUGAGAUCAAUUGUGAACAGUCCACCCCUCAUCCAUCAUUCUCCUCAAAAGCGAGAAAGUUGUCAUCAUUGAGGAAGAAUCUUUCAUCCAUCAGUGAAGGGCCUGCUCGUGGUGUUAAAUGUAAUUUGAAGUGGAAAACAGCUUCCCUUAAGAGGUUUACUGUGAGUUCUAGCUCAGAAGCCGAAGUUUCCCAGACUGAAGGAGAGAAACAUUGUUUAAGAGGAAAUCUCAGUGAAACAAGCGUGCAAGGGAGCAAGAGUUGUGAUAGGGUGAUUGUUAAAAGAUCUAAAGUUUUGAGCAUCAGGAAAAAUAGGGAGGGGGGGAUUAUGGCCUCUGACGUGGAAGGCACUCGGGGCUUGAAGCGCUCACAAUCCUCAGCUGAGACCCAUUCUGAUAAUGAAACAGGCAACAUUUUAACAGGUGCAUCUGAUGCUAUUAUGGGGUCUGUGAAAGCGAAUCAUCAAAGUCAGAAUGACGAGACUAUGGAUCCAGUUGCCUCUGAAUUCGCUGCGAGGGGUGAUUUUAUGAGUUGUAGCAAGUCUAUGGAUGAUGGAUCUGAUGAGAUGUCCGAGCCUGCUAGGUCUCACUGCGACUCACAAUUGUUUAGUGAAGAGUACAAAGGAUCUUUUCUUGGAACCAAAGCUGCAACAUGUUCACAAGAUCCUAUUUUAGGUGUUGAAGGGAUGCUUAGUGCAGUUGAAACUGGGAAAAGUAUGAUUGAUGGCAAUGUCCAUGAUGUUGCUGAAUUGGGAUCUAACGAUGGGCAAGGGAAUUACUUUUUGGAGGUUGAUCCGAUUCUCAUACCAGGACCACCCGGAUCCUUUUUACCUAGCCCUGGUCGUAUGAACUCAGAAGACCUUCAUGGGAGUUCAUCACUAACCAGCAGCAGAAUUCAAUCUUCAGCAGAUCAUCCUGGAUUUGUUGAUCAGGAUUAUUCCGGUUCGCCUACGUCUGCUGCAUCAACAGUUUCUAACUCAACAAUGGCUAGAAUUGGCUCAAGAUAUUCGGAGGAUUUGUAUGACGGUGGAAGGGAUUCGUCAGAAAUGCUCAGAUGCCACACUGGCUGGGAAGAUAAAAGUUCUAGCUUAUCUAGCAGCACUGUUGAUCUUCUGGUGGAAAAUUCUGUCACACCACGUCAGACUGCAGAUACAGGAAAUGAUAAAGAUGGACUGGAUAAAUUUAAUGCAAAUACGUUAUUUCCUGGCAAAGGAACUUUCAAAUUUGCAAAUGAUAAGCCAUGUUGUUGUGUGAGGAAAGAAGGAGCAUCUCAAGGGUUUGCUUUGAAUCGUGAAGAAUCACAGCUGUUACAGCGACGAACCAUGGCCCCUUCCUCUUUUCCUGCCACAGAGAAUCAGUUGAGCCGUGAUUCACUCAUGAGACCUAACAAUAUCUUAUUGAAGAGCAACUCAUUUUCUCUUAGUGACUCAAGUUCAGGACCCGAAACAAAUGCCACUAAAUCAUCCACGGGACAUUCUCAAUUUGGUAUAUCUGCUGAUUCUGAGUUCAAGCUCCUAACUCGUGAUUCGGAGUUCUUUAGUCCGUCUGCUUCUAAUCCAGUUCUCAGACUGAUGGGAAAGGACUUAAUGGUGAUCAACAAAGAUGAAGAUUCCUCACUGAAAAGAUCAUCCCACCCAAAUUUCAUGAAUGACCUGGCAAACACUAGACUUCCUGGUGUUUCUUGUGGCAAUCUUCGUAAUGAGGAUCUCAGUUCCUUCCGUCAGGUGGAUGUGCAUAAUCGUCUCGUCUCUCACUUCCCUCAAAGUGGUGGUCCAGUACAGCAUUUUGACGUCAGAUUGUUGAAUGGUUUCAAAAGUCAUGACAGUUACUCAUCAAGGCCACAAGAGCUGUCCCCUACAUCUCCAGCCUCGUUUUCAUGUAAGAGCAAUGGCAGUGGAUUGAUGGGUUCCUUUGGCAGACAAGACUAUUUAGGCGGGUGCAAUUUACCUACUGUGCGUGAUGGACCAAACGAGACAUGUGAUGUGAAGAAGUUUGUAGCAACUCCUCCCAUCUCUCACUGGCAGAAAGGAACUUCAGUUGGGACGAAUGCCGUCAGAGAAAUCAUUGUAAUUGAUGAUUCUCCAGAAAACGAGGCUAAUUCUGCAUACACCAUGGGCACGGGGAAAAUGCAGAUUAGCUCGGGCUAUACUUCAAGGUUUGUGGAUCUCUGUGAAAAUAUACCACGUGGUUCUCCUUACAGUGGAUCCGGAGUAUCUCAGAAUGCAAAUUUGCCUACUCAAGUGAACGAAAUUCCUGCUAAGACGUGGAAUGUCAACUCAGACAGUUGUAGUUUAGUUCAUCCAAGCUCUUUCUCGGCUUCCUCAUCACCUGCAGGUCCUUUUAGAUCAUCUUUAUAUUAUUCUCCAGGCUUUUCCUAACCAAGAAGUCACCUUUUGCAUGGUCAUUUACUCUCUUGACUGACAAUAGAAACCUGAAAGAAAACGCGGCAACGUUGAGCAGAUGAGUUUUUCUAGUUUGGGUUUUCGCUUUCAUAGCGUGUUUGAUGUUUACUCAAAAGUUCCAUAUAUAUAUAUAUAUAUAUAUAUAUAUAUAUAUAUAAUGCAGAGUUUACUGAGGCCAGUUGAAAGUUCCCUGGAGUGUCCAAUGUAUAAAGAGUCUUCAAAUAAUGAGUUGUUCCAAAGAAUAUGAACUUCCAAGUUGGUUUCUUUUUAACAUCUUUUUCUCUA